AUGGGGCUGGUGUUGGUCGGACCACCAAUGAGGGAUCUGAAUCUAGAGUCGAUCAGGCCACUGACAGAGGAGCUCCAUUGCACCAUCUGUAAGCAAGUGUUCACCAACCCGGUCACCACUCCCUGCGGGCACAACUUCUGCCAGGCCUGCAUCCAGAAUGUGUGGGGCAGCAGUGCGGUCUGCCAGUGCCCCACCUGUAACAAAUCAUUCAGCCCCCGGCCUGAAAUAAGCAUCAACACAGACUUCAAAGAGCUGGCAGACACAUUUAGGAAGAUCAUAGUCUGUUCUUCGGCUUCACUGUUUGCUGCCAAGCCGGGCGAGGUGGAGUGUGAUGUUUGCGCUGUGACGUUGCUGCAAGUAAAGGCCCUGAAGUCCUGUCUGGUCUGUCUGACCUCGUACUGUGAAGCCCACCUGGAGCCUCACCAGAGUGUUGCCACCUUGAAGCUCCACAAGCUGAUCGAGCCGGUGAACAACCUGCAGGACAGGAUGUGUAAGAAGCACGAGAGGCUGCUGGAGAUGUUUUGCAAGGAUGAAGAGAGGUUUGUGUGCCAGUUCUGCACAGAGACCGAGCACAAAGAUCAUCAGGCUGUUUCAAUAGAGGACGAGAGUGGCGAGAGGAAGAUGCAAAUGAAGAAGACUAAGGCAGAUUUUCUGCAGAUGAUCCAGGAACGUCUGAGCAAAGUGGAGGAGAUCAAAAGCUGUCUGAAGCUCUGCAUGAUAAGUGCGGAGAAGGAGAUGAAGGAGAGCGACAGCAUCUUUAUGUCUAUGAUUCGCUCCAUUGAGGAGAGACAAACUGAAGUCAACACAGAGAUCAGUGAGAAGCAGAAAGCAGCAGAGAGGAGGGCAGAAGAGCUCAUCAACGAGCUGCAGCAGGAAGUCACUGAUCUGCAGAGGAGGAUCACUGAGCUGGAGGAGCUGAGGAGCACUGAGGAUCACCUGUACCUCUUACAGAGGUCUCCCUCUCUUACGUCUCCUCCUCCCACCAGAGAGUGGAUGGAGAUCAGUGUCCACCCUGAACUCUGUGUGGGGACAGUGAGGAGAGCACUGUCUAAACUGGACGACACCCUGAAGAAAGAACUACAGAGUCUGAAGAAAGAAGAGAUGAAGAAGAUGCAGAAAUAUGCCGUUGAUGUGGUUUUAGACCCAGACACUGCCCAUCCAAACCUUGUCCUUUCAGCUGACGGCAAACAGGCGGGCCGUGGUGAGCCUCUGCACAUUGUGCCUGACAACCCCCAACGUUUUGACCCCGUCAUCUGCGUUAUGAGCAAGAGAGGCUUCUUGUCGGGCAGGUUCUACUUCCAGGUUGCAGUGGGGACAAAGACCUUCUGGGAUCUGGGCGUGGUCAAAGAGUCUGUCAACAGGAAGGGGAUGAUCACCUCCAAGCCAGAGAACGGCUAUUGGACAAUGCGGCUGAGGAGCGGUGACGAGUAUCGCGCCUUGGACUCUCCCUCAGUCCAUCUUUCUCUCGAGGAAAAGCCGCAGAUUGUCGGGGUGUUUACAGAUUAUGAGGAGGGGACCGUGUCGUUCUUUAACGCGGAGGCUGGGUCUCAUAUCUACACCUUCACCGGGUGUUUGUUUUCAGAGAGGAUCUUCCCCUUCUUCAGCCCGGGCAUUUGCGAUGAAGGGAAGAAUAUGGCACCUUUGGUUAUCACAGCUGUUAAUAAUGACACAUAAACUUGAGGAAGAGCCUUUGACUGCGUUGUGAUGCUGCAAGAAAGAUUUUGAAGUCUUGUUUUCUCUCUCUGGGUUUCUACUGUACAUACACCAGCGUGUUUCAUAUAUUGCAACAUUCCACAUCCUUAACACAUGGCAUUACGGCCUUGAAGCUUUUAGCGAUAAAAGAAAACAAUCAACAGUUGCUGAAGAUUUUGUAUUAAACUGUAGUGUCUGCAUCGUACAUGGUGAGAGUGAUGUACAUUAAUAAAUAUUUUCCAGUUUCCAGGGAAUUAUAGUUCAGUAUCCAUGGAAAUACAGAAGCGGUAAUGGAUGAGGGUUCAGUAGUGAGGGAAUCCACAUUCAAUAUGAAGUACAGAUCACAACAGACAAAACAUCACAUUAACAGACAACAUCUUGAAACCGGAAACACAGACAACCACAAUCAGAACACUAAAACUUCCCCAGCUGCUUAAAUAAUAUAAACUUCUCCCUGAAGUAUU